UGACAUGUCAGCGUUCUACACAAAAAAAUGCGUGCAUCCAUGCUCCAAGUGAGUGCUUAUUUGAUAUUUAGCAAUAAUUAAACCCAAAAAGGUUAAAUUACUACGCUAAGGAGGUUAGAUACAGAUCGUUUGAAUACGUAUUGAGCUGUAGAAGUCAUUAUUUGACAACGUUUAACGAUUUCGCAGCAGAGCUAGGUGACCAAUGUAGCUAGUAAUCUCGAUAGCCAUGGAUCCGCUAGAAAUGGUAUUGGAUGAAGUGGCGCUGGAGGGAUUAGACGGUAUUACUAUCCCCAGUGUAUGGAUUCGCUUGGAAAACAGAAACCCUACUUUCCCACUGAAACUAGACUCGUACACCAAAGACUUCAUUUGGAGAUCCCUGGCUUCCCAUCCCGAAGUCAACUUCUUCGAACUGCCGCAAGAGAGAGAUGAUGUUGUGCUCUUUGAUAGGUUCUCCUUCAUCGAUCCACAUACCGGAAUUCAGGAAGUGGACGGUUUUGACAGCGCGGAUUGCUAUCCAGUCCAAAUUGUAUUGGAGAAUAAGGACGGAAUCCAAGGCUCCUGCCUCUUCUUCAAGGAGAGGAAAGACGUCACCCGAGCCGUCCGCAAACACAACCUGACGCCAUGUCUCACGUUGGAGGAAGCCUUCCAAAGGUGGGGCAGGACGCUGGUCCUGGUGGCGUCCCAGAGGGUGAGGUUCCGGGUGUUGAUCGGUGAUGGGGGAGACCCGGAUGUCAAACUGUCGGAUCAUUCCUACUGUAUGCUGGAGAGAGUGGGCCGAGCUCGCUGGCAAGGAGAACUGCAGAGAGACUUGCACUCCUGCUCAUUCAAAACUGAUGCAAGGAAGAUGCACUACAUGAGGAAGUCUCUGAAGCAGAACAGUCUGGUUUCUAUGCAGUCUCACAUCCUCCGACUACCCAGUGGAGCUCAGCAACACUCUAUUCUACUGCUGCUCAAGCGUUUCCAUGUCGACCGGCGUAGUAAGUAUGACAUCCUGAUGGAGUCGACCUCCAAUGUUCUUUUAGAGUACCCCGACCGCAUCGCCUCCAUGUCCACGCUGCGAGGCCGGCUGAAUGUGAGUGAGCGGACCUUUAAGCGUGUUUACCAGUACAUGCAGGCAGCCAAAAUGGUUCAAGUGCUGAGUAAACCAGUCGAAGAACUCAACCCUGCAGCCGGCGCGUGUACUACCAUGAGAGGUACCAAGCUCUUGGCUCGCUGCCUGAAGCUGAUCAAGCCCUACGUGAGGAAGACUGAGGCCGAGGCUGAAGCUGACGACGAUGAUGAUAAUGACGAAGAUGCCGGAGCGACAAGCAGGAAUUGCCUCCCAUCAGAGGGGCGGUUCAUGGAGAAAGACCUCCUCUCGCAGGCCUAUGACAUCAUCUUGUCCAGUGGGACCAAAGGCAUCUCCCAGACUGCAUUGCGGUUAAGAAUGGGCAUUGGCAAGCUGGAGUCUCGAAUGAUGGUCAGAGUGCUGGAGAGGACAAACAUGAUCAAGGGUUUGAUGGAGGACGAGGGUCGCCAGAGGACCGCUAAGUACAUCAGCCACCUGUUAGUUGGACAGAGUGACCUGCUCCAUCAUCUAGUCAAGGAGCAGGAACGAUCACAACUACUACGCACAGAGGGGCUCCCCACAACCCCAGCACAGACACCCCAGAAAACACCUGCCACGCCACAGGCUCCAGCCAGAGAGAAAAAAGCAGACACUCCAAGGACUCCGGCCGCCCUGAAAACUCCAGCCACAGAGAAACUGCCGAACCCUGAGAAAGAAAUGGUGGAGGAAAAGGGGGACGAGGCAAUGGAUGACUGUCAAGUCGAGAAGGGCAAAGCAAAGGGGAAACGGAACAAGGGAACCCAGAGAAGGAAGGCAAAGAAAACCGGCCAGCUGUCUCUUUUGAAGCAGUCUAAAGUCAACUUCCUGGUCACAAACUCCACUCCAAAGAGUAAGUCCACACCCCCUGCCAAUCAAAAGCCAGAACUGGAGUCCUCUCUCAGUCCAGACAAGGAGGAGGAGGGUUCUAACUUCUGUCCUGACAUUUCUUUGGACCAGACGAACUGUAUGAUUCCCAGUGAGAACAAUGUUGAGGACAGCGUCAUGGUCAUUGAGGAAAUCCCCAAUCAGAAGAUUUGUUUGGACCGUCGCCCAGAGACAUACCGGCAGCUGAAGAGGAAGAACUUGAUUGUUGAAGCUGUCCGGAACCUCAAGAUCAUCGAAGGCAUCUACACACUGCAGAGGUUGAUACAUGAUGAGGAGAAGAUGGAGGGUGUGAACACUAAGUGUUGUAAGAAGUCCAUCCUGCGUCUCGUCAGAUCCCUGUCUAAAGAGGGCUUGCUCAAGCUCUUCAGAACCACCGUUAUACAAGACAAAAUCAGCAAGAAGGUGGAGUUUGUUGUCCACCCCUCCAUCAGUCCCUGUGAUGGUGUUGUGAGAUCGGCUAUAGAGCAGGUUCGCUUCCGCAUCUCCAGCUCCUACCCUGCUGCCCGGAAUAAUGAGGAGGAAGAAGCGGAGAAGGAAGAUGGGGCCGGGAGAGACCUGACCGUUGCGGGCAAGAAGAACAGCCCUGUUAAACUCUCUGGGGUUGUAACCAAGGAUACGAUGGGAGAUGAGGAACUCGGAGACUUCAAACCUUCCAUAGUUCCAGGUCUCAGCAGGUCGCUGGGAUUCCAGCCAAAGAUGCCUCGUCUGAGACUGACCCACACCUUCCUGUGGUACCUGAUCUACGGACAUCCCCUGAGACAAUCCCCUGCCCUGCCUGACCUCCGACCCUCCACCUCUGUUGAUCUUGUGGCUGAUAACCCUGAUGUCCAGAGUACCUACCCCAACAGCAGCAUCACUGUUGAUCCCACUGGUAGCGCUCAUGCCGUCCCUAAACCCUCAGACCACACAGAGAUCGUCCCUGACCCCUCAGAUCACACAGAGAUCGCCCCUGACCCCUCAGAUCACACAGAGAUCGUCCCUGACCCCUCAGAUCACACAGAGAUCGUCCCUGACCCCUCAGAUCACACAGAGAUCGCCCCUGACCCCUCAGAUCACACAGAGAUCGCCCCUGACCCCUCAGAUCACACAGAGAUCGCCCCUGACCCCUCAGAUCACACAGAGAUCGCCCCUGACCCCUCAGAUCACACAGAGAUCGCCCCUGACCCCUCAGAUCACACAGAGAUCGCCCCUGACCCCUCAGAUCACACAGAGAUCGCCCCUGACCCCUCAGAUCACACAGAGAUCGCCCCUGACCCCUCAGACCGCACUGAUCCCGGUUGUCUUAACUCCCAAAUCUCAGAGGCCACCACCUCAACGUUCCAAAAUACAGACAACCCCAAUCCUGAAAUCUUAGAUCUACCACACCCCCAGGACCCGACCUCUGACAUACCCCUCGCUAAAACAACAGAGCCCUCUUCCACAGAGCGAAGCCUGAACGCUGACCUGGAUGUGAAGUUGUCUGUGGUGGACGACGGGCCAGAGGUGACUGACUUGGCGGAAGUCAGGCACGACCCACACAUGAUCGUCUAUGUAGAUGAGCUGUCUUGGAGGAGGUACGUGCCUCCUGCUCCGGUGCAUAAGGACUUUGGUCCUGGCUGGGCCCUGACCUCGGACAUCCUGCUGUCUUUACCGCUCUCCAUCUUUGUCCAGAUUAUACAGAUAUCCUUCAAGGUGGACGGGUUAGACAAGUAUCUGAGUGACCCAGUGAAGCAGCACUAUCUAAUCAGGUUCCUACCGUCCAGGAUGAAGAGACAGUUAUUACACAAACGGAAGUACAUCUUCAGUUUCCAUGAGAGAAUGCAGGGUCUAAUUUACAUGGGCCUCAUGCAGUUUGCACCAGUCGAGAAGUUCCAAGAGAAGGAUCAGGUGUACAUCCACCUGAAUCGUAACUGCGUGAUCGUAGACACCACGACCUGUGACCCCCACUAUAACCUGGCCAUCGAGACCCGGCCGUUUGAGAGGCGCCCCUACACGCUAAACACCCUGACAGACGUGGACAACUACUGGUUCGAUCUGCUGUGUGUCUGCCUGACCACACCACUGGGCGUGAUCAGAAAAGCCUGUCCGAGGCAAAACGGGGAGGAGCCGGUGAAACGCGUGGUGGAUACAGACCGCUGCAGGUUCCGACACCUGGAACACCUGCUGAAGGGCAGCCGGGAGAUCAGAGAUGAAGGGGUGACCCCUGGUGACGGGAAGGGGGCUGGGGGGCUGGACUCCAACUUCUUUGGUCAUCUGAGACGCAACUGGAUAUGGACCUCUCACCUGAUGAAAUGCAUGAAGAACAACCAACUGAAUGAAAAUGGCAACACUGUGAGACUGAGAAGUCUACUGAACAAAGAUCUGGUCAUGGGGAUAGGUCCUAAAUUCACUGGGCCGUUGACCACUAAGCGAAGGACGUCGGAACCCAAAGACCUGAUGUUGGUGGAGGAGCAAGUCCAGGUGACCUUUGAGCCGUCCAGCCGAAACCAGCAGGUUAAAGGAGGAAGGAAGCAGAAGAGGAAGAAGACCAUCAAACCGAAAGAGGUCAAGGUGCCACACAAGAAGAAAAAAGUUGAGGAGGUCAAAAAGCGGAGCCUGGCUCAUGACGAGGCUGACAACAAGGCCCUGCUGAUGAUGACAAGACAGAGGGUGAUGUGGACCGUCAGGGAGGACUCUGUUCUGAUGCUCUGUAGAGUGGCCUCACACUUCCUCAACCGCAAGAUGCGGAGGCCUUUUGUCCCUUGGUGUGUGGUUCGGGAUAUGCUCCACGCCGAAUUUGAGGAGUCUCUAGAUAAAACCUCCCUGUCUGUGGGACGGCGUUCAAGAUACAUACUGAAGAAUCCUCAGACUCGCCUCAACUUCAAGAUCUGUCUGGCCGAGGUGUACCAGGACAAGCCUCUCAUACAACACCUCCAGGGGAGGAAACACGACCCUAAUGACCCCAAGGAGUGUUCUACAGUGUUCUGUGAGUUUGUGUCGUUACUCAGACAGAAGUUCCGCUCUGCAUCUGGAUCCUGUGAUGUCACAAUCCCUGACACCAAGCAAGAGCUGUUCUCACGGUUCAAGGUGUACACUCUGGACGACAUGUCAGAAGAGAACGUCAAGGACAAUAUCAGCAGUAUCGAGGACGUCCACGCCCUGGUGUUGAAUAACCUGAUCCAGAGCACCCUAGCCAUGUCCAACACACAGAUGAAAUGCUACCGCUCCUUCCAGACCUUCCAUACCUACAAUAAGUAUCGUCAGGAUGUGCUGUAUCAGGUGUUUGUCGAGUGCAGGAAGAAGGGACUGAUCAACCGACGGAGAGGCAGUCAGCUCUCCGGACCCAAGAAGAACCGGGCCUUGCCUGUCCUGCCCAUGUCCUACCAGCUGUCACAGAGUUACUACAGAUGUUUCUCGUGGCGUCUGCCUUCAGAACUCUGUAAUGAGGUGUUUGACUUCAUGAAGGCCCUGAGGGAGAAUGGCGCCGGAGACCGCCACCCUCUCACCAGCUUCCUACAUGAAGGAGAGGACGGCGACGGGGCGAGGCGGGAAGGGAAAGCCAAGGAAAGGGCGGAGGAGAAAGAAAGACAGAAUAAAGAGGAACGUACGGAGACCGAAGGACGCAUGAAAUCUGAGCAAGAGCCAUCAGAGAUUGAGAAGGGAAAAGAGAUGGAGAAAGACAACAUGGUCCCCAUUCUGGGCCAAGUAGAAAAAGAGGAUGUGUCUUUUUCCGUUCACAGAGCCGAGCCUACCUCCAGGGGUGGUGCCUCCUCUCCUCUCCUCGACAUGGAGCAGUCUGAGAUGGCUUUAGCUCCCAGCAGUGCCCCCUGCCCUCCUCUGGAAGUCCAGGACAUGUUGCAGUACCCCCUGGAGUCUCCAGGGGGCUCCACUGUGGCCUGUCUCAGUCUGAUGACCCUGGGGCUGCUUUCAGUCCAUGUCACCAUUCCUCAACACAUAGUGGUCAUCGACUCCACCAUGCUGGACAAUAAUGAGGUCGUCAAGAGUAUCUCCUUACUGGCCGAGGACGAUGACGACGAAGAGGCGGAGGAGAGUGAUAGUCGGAAGAGGAUGAAGAGUGGCCAGGCGUCCCACACCAGCUACCUGAUGAUGCGUGGGUUCUCUGUCCCCGGCAUCGUCCGCCUGCGGAACCUCAACACCAGCGACAGCAUCGUGGUGGAGUCCUGUUCCAUGAGACUACAGCUACGACACACACCCGCACACACUCUGUUCACUCCCCAGGUCUCUCCUCUAGACUUUUCCAAACAGGGCCCCUCUCUCCUCCCCCCGCUGGUUGCCCGCUCCUUCCGAGCCCGCACCCCCUCCUCCAUGGGGAGGUGGGAGGAGCACCUGGUCACCCAACGGGGGUACUCUCCAGCAGACCUGGAGGCUGUGACCGAGCUGACCGCAACGCUGAAGAGACACGGAUCGUUUGGAAUGGACAGACGGGAGCUGGUGACGACUCACGCACUCCUGGAGGAGGCGCAGGACGGAAGGACCAGAGGAUUGCAGCAGUACAUACAGGACCUGCUGGAGGAGGAGCUAGUGUUGGAGGUGGGCGGGUCCGCAGUGCGUUUGGUGUUGAUGGGUCUGGCAGAGCCCUGGCUGCUGACCUCCACAGAGGGCCAGGAAGAUAUGCUCUUCAGAGGGGCCUCCACCCUCAGGGACAGGUGGAACAACAACCCCCUGUUCCGCAAGAGAACCAUGCAGGCCCUGGGAGAGAAGGAACCCCCCAGGAAGAGAGUGAGAAGAGAGAAGCAGACAGAGGUGGGGUGGGGGGAGAAAACCACUGGCCAUGGAAAGGAGGAGCGGGGAGAGAAGACCAGUGAGGAGGGAGGGGAGGAGCGGGGCGAGAAGACCAGUGAGGAGGGAGGGGAGGAGCGGGGCGAGAAGACCAGUGAGGAGGGAGGGGAGGAGCGGGGCGAGAAGACCAGUGAGGAGGGAGGGGAGGAGACUGGAGGGAAGACCAGUGAGGAGAGAGGGGAGGAGACUGGGGGGAAGACCAAUGAGGAGGGAGGGGAGGAGACUGGCGGGAAGACCAGUGAGGAGGGAGGGGAGGAGACUGGGGGGAAGAUCAGUGAGGAGGGAGGGGAGGAGACUGGGGGGAAGAUCAGUGAGGAGGGAGGGGAGGAGACUGGAGGGAAGACCAGUGAGGAGGGAGGGGAGGAGACUGGAGGGAAGACCAGUGAGGAGGGAGGGGAGGAGACUGGAGGGAAGACCAGUGAGGAGGGAGGGGAGGAGACUGGAGGGAAGACCAGUGAGGAGGGAGGGGAGGAGACUGGAGGGAAGACCAGUGAGGAGGGAGGGGAGGAGACUGGAGGGAAGACCAGUGAGGAGGGAGGGGAGGAGACUGGAGGGAAGACCAGUGAGGAGGGAGAUCAGGUGAAGAACAUGAGGCCUGAAGAAAAAUCUGGGAUUAUGAAGCAGAGAGGGAUGGAGACACGACAGGAAAUGGAGAAGCAGCGGAACGAACCAUCAUCAUCAGAUGACCAAAUGGACCCAACUGACCCGACCUCUGUAACAGAACAGAACCCAGAGGGUUCCACUGAGAAGCCCUGGUCAUGGACCCAGGAGGAGGAGGAGGAGGAUGGUAAAGCUAGCGGUGAGUGUGACCUGUCCUUCGUCAGUCGUCCGUGGCGCAUCGUGGACGGCAGUCUGAAUGUGCCGGUGUGUAAGGGGAUGCUGGAGGCGGUCAUGUUCCAGAUCAUGUCCUGCCCCGGUCUGACCGAACGGAUCUUACUAGAACAGUACCGGGGAGUUCUGCAGCCUGUGGUCGUCAUGGAGCUGGUGCAGGCUCUUGUUGAGUUGGGCUGUGUAAAGAAGAAGUACGUGACCAGAUGUCCCAAAGCCUCCCUCUUCUCCAGUCCUGCCGCCUCCCCCAUUGUGUGGGAGAAAACUGGGGAGUUGGGGCUAAAGACAGGGGAGGCGGCUGUUGCCUUCUACGAGCCAACCAUUGAAUGCUGCCUGCGUCUGGGACAGGUGUUCCCUCACGUGAGCAACUGGAAGCCCUGGUUGCAGUUCACAACAUGAAAGGGGUCAGAUUUUUACCUGGGGACAAUCAAUAAAACUUUGAGUGUUGGUCCUUAAGGAUUCAUACCAAACAAGGUGGAUUUAUUUCAGAGAAACUAAAGUUGUAAUUCGUAUCAGUUCUGGUUCAACAGAACGAUCAGUACUUUACAUUUAUUUAAUAUGGAAGAAGUUGUUCUUGUUUCACUGAAGUUUUUGUUCUUGACUGUGCUUAAAUUAAAUACAUUUAAUGUGA